GUUGAAAAGCAUUUGGUCAACCCUUUUUGGCUCUACUGUUGAUGAAUCCCUAGUGAACAAGGAAUUGGAAAAUGAAAUCAAGCAUCUUUUGAAUCAUUUGGGCCUGAGUGACUGUAAGGAUACUUCUUUGACUUUGUGUUUGAAUAUGGCUAAGAUUUUACGCCAGGCAAAAUGCUGUCAUCGUUGUAUAUUACGAUUUUUCGACUGUCGCAACAAUUCUCUUUACUUUUAUACUGAAAAGGAAUUGCAACUCGUCUUUGAUCAUCUACUCCAUCAAUCUUCACAGUCUGCCUCUCCUACUUGUACAGCUUGUCUUGGUUGUUUUCAAUAUGCUGGCGAUGACACCACUAUUCUACAGCCCAUUUGUGCAAAGUUGAAACAAGAACAAUAUGAAACGGACUCUUUUGCCUUGGUCGUCACUGUACCUAUUAGUAUGAACCAUCGCGAUCAUUUACUCAAACUUCACGUACAAGAUCAACUAGACAAACAAGCAUCUAAAUCAAAAAUUGAAACUGGACUUGAUCGAUGGAAGAAGUUUGGGAUACGUGACGCCAAGGAUUUAUAUCGCUCUAUCACAGGUAGAGAGCUAGAACGUACGAGUUGUUUGCAGUACAAUCCUGACUCUGCUUUCCAUAUCAAGCUUACUUUGGAACAUCCAGCAACUGAAUCAGAACAUUUGUUUCUUACUCAAGUUAAAGAUCCUGUUCUUCGUGUUAGGAAGGUCAAGAAAAAGGGAAUGACGCAUACUAUUGGCGAUUCACGACAAAAUAUCUCUGAAGCAUUGAACGCACUCACUCCUGAAGAUGCUCACGCACUCACAACGAUUCCGCCUACUCCUCCGAAAGAAAGAUGUAUAUUAAGCAACAUUUCGAUGCAUCAUGAUUCUGCAUAUACUGGAGGACGAUAUUUGAAAUUAUCUCGUGAAUGUAGUCAAACUCCUUGGGUAGUACGUGGUAAAAAACUGGCCGACAUGUCCGUCUCUGGUUGUAUAAUGGAUGUCUUCAAAAAGUAUCAUAGAUGUGAUGAUCUCAAGUUUGUAACCGCUGGUCGAGAGGAUGCCAAUGUUCGUAUGUUGGGAACUGGAAGGCCAUUUUAUUUUGAAGUAGUUAAUCCACGUCAUCCUAUCUUAUCAACCGAAGAAUGUGUUCAAAUCGAAAAGGAAAUCAAUACCUGUUCCUCAUCUCAUGUUGUGCAAGUUCGAAAUAUUCAGCAAAUUAAACGUGAAGAUACGCAAAUCAUCAAACAAGGUGAAGAAUUCAAGAGAAAAACCUAUCAAGCACUAGUUUGGUUUUCCGAACCAUUGACUCAAGAUAUAUUGGAUCGAUGUAAUGAAAAGGGUAGUCAAGAAUUUGUUACGGCUCAAAACACUCCUGUACGUGUUUUCCAAAGACGUGGGGCUGCCAUACGAGAGAAAACUAUUCACCAUCUGACACUCAGAAAAGCCGAAGAAGUAAAGGAUACCCACCUAGGUAUUGUGACUAUGAAUACUCAAGCAGGUACUUACAUCAAGGAAUUCGUUCACGGUGAUUUGGGUCGAACCCUUCCCAAUUUGGCGACCAUUGCUGGAGUCAAGGCAGCGGAUUUGAUCGAGUUGGAUGUUUUAGAAGUAGAUUUGGAAUGGCCUCCAUCCUCUCACGUUGUAUGAUAGUUAUAUUCCCUUUCUAUAUAUAUAUUUUACUUUAUUGUUUUGACCAUUCAUCGUAUCCUUUUUUUUUUGUAGCAUAGAUUCUCUUUUUUCAAACAUAUAUUACUCAAAUACUUUAAUAAACAAUUGAC